UGGCAUUGACCUGGUCCUGGUGUCAAUGAGCAUGAGAAGAAAGUAAGUGGCUAAGUGCAUUGAACGCUCUCCUUUUUUUUUUUGCCUAUAAGUAUGGACUUCUCUUCUCUUAGAACUUCAAUUCACUCAAAAGUACCAUAAAUAAUCUUUCGGAAGAAAAUCAUAUACCCAAAAUUUCUGUAUGCAAGGAAAACUGAAGAUCAAUGGCUCGAUCAUUCUCCAAUGCUAAGAUUUUCUCUUCUCUCGUUGCUGACAGAAUCUCGGCAGCUGUCAACAGAAGAGGAUAUGUGGCGGCAUCAUCACAGAGUGGUAUGUCCAGCAGUGUCAGUGGAGGGGUUUCGAAUGUGAUGUUGAAGAAAGGGGAGAAAGAAUCGACCAAAACCUCGUGGGUGCCGGAUCCAGUCACCGGAUAUUACAGGCCGGAAAAUCAAUCCAAAGAGAUUGACGCCGCCGAGUUGAGGGAGAUUCUAUUGAAGAACAAAAUCAGAGGACACUAAACUGGAAAUUUGAAUUUGAAUCCAGUUUUUCUUCCAUUGGACUAUGAUCCUCAGUAGAUUAUAUUACAUACUCCACAAUUGUUAUAGCUCUGGAACUUCUGUUCUAAGGUGUAGGAACAGAGUGUUCAUGUUGAGACCUAGUGUUGCCUUGUUCCCAUUACAUAAUAAUGUGAUAUUUGAGUUUUUGACAUUUUGUUCAUCAAUUCUAAAACCUUUGCAGUAUUUUCAUGAAUCUGAGGAAUUUGUG